CAUGGAGUCUUGGAAAUGCCUUCUGGAACUGGGAAAACUAUCUCUCUCCUGUCCCUCAUUGUGGCUUACCAGAAGGCUUAUCCGCUGGAGGUGACCAAGCUCAUUUACUGCUCCAGAACCGUGCCGGAAAUCGAAAAGGUUAUUGAGGAGAUGCGCAAACUUCUGGAUUUCUACGAGAAGCAAACGGGGGAGAAGCAGCCCUUCUUGGGCUUGGCGCUCAGCUCCAGGAAGAACCUUUGCAUCCACCCCGAGGUGAGCUCGUUGCGGUUUGGGAAGGAAGUGGAUGGGAAGUGCUUCAGUUUGACGGCUUCGUACAUUCGGGCCCAACGUCAGCAGGACAGCAGCGUACCUUCCUGCCAAUUCUUCGAGGAAUUUGAUGCUCACGGGCGGGAGGUGCCCAUUCCCUAUGGAGUCUACAACCUCGACGACUUGAAAACGUAUGGGCGGAAGAAAGGGUGGUGCCCAUACUUCCUCGCCAGAUACGCGAUCCUCCACGCCAAUGUGGUGGUGUACAGUUACCACUACCUUUUGGACCCCAAAAUUGCAGAUUUGGUCUCCAAAGAGCUGGCCAGGAAGUCGGUGGUGGUCUUCGACGAGGCUCACAAUAUCGAUAACGUUUGCAUCGACUCCAUGGGGGUGAACAUCACGCGCAAGAUGCUGGACCGCUGCCAAGGGAAUGUGGCCACCCUCCAAUCCGCCAUCCAGAACAUCAAGGAGACGGACGCGCAGAAGCUGAGGGAGGAGUACCGGCGCCUGGUGGAGGGGCUUCGCGAGGCCCACGUGGCCCGAGAGACCGACGUCUACCUGGCCAACCCCGUGCUCCCGGACGAGGUCCUGCAAGAGGCCGUGCCGGGCAACAUCCGGACCGCGGAGCACUUUGUGGGCUUCCUGAAGCGCUUCCUGGAGUACCUGAAGUCCCGCCUCCGCGUCCAUCACAUGGUGCAGGAGAGCCCUCCGUCCUUCCUGAAGGACAUCUUUGAGAAAGUCUGCAUCGAGCGCAAACCCCUCCGAUUCUGUGCCGAACGGCUCCGCUCGCUGCUCCGAACUUUGGAAAUCGCCGACAUUUCCGACUUCUCUCCCAUUACGCUGAUUUCCAACUUUGCCACGUUGGUCAGCACUUACUCCAAAGGUUUCACCAUCAUCAUCGAGCCCUUUGACGACCGGACGCCCACCAUCCUGAACCCGAUCCUGCAUUUCAGCUGCAUGGACGCCUCCAUUGCCAUCAAGCCGGUCUUUGAGCGCUUCCAGUCGGUCAUCAUCACCUCCGGGACGCUUUCCCCGCUGGACAUCUACCCCAAAAUAUUGGACUUCCGGCCGGUGACGAUGGCCACCUUCACCAUGACUCUGGCCAGGACCUGCUUGUGCCCGAUGAUCGUGGGCCGUGGGAAUGACCAAGUGACCAUCAGCUCCAAGUUCGAGACCCGCGAAGACAUUGCCGUCAUCCGCAAUUACGGCAACCUUCUCCUGGAGAUGUCGGCCAUCGUUCCGGAUGGGAUCGUAGCCUUUUUCACCAGCUACCAGUAUAUGGAGAACAUUGUGGCCUCUUGGUACGAGCAGGGCAUUUUGGAGAACAUCCAGCGCAACAAGCUCAUCUUCAUUGAGACGCAGGACGGGGCCGAGACCAGCAUGGCGCUCGAGAAGUACCAGGAGGCCUGUGAGAACGGGAGAGGGGCCAUCCUCUUAUCCGUGGCCCGGGGAAAAGUCUCCGAAGGGAUUGACUUUGUUCACCACUUCGGGAGGGCCGUGAUCAUGUUCGGCGUGCCUUACGUUUACACCCAGAGCCGCAUCCUCAAGGCGCGCCUGGAGUACUUGAGGGACCAGUUCCAGAUCCGGGAAAACGACUUCCUCACCUUCGACGCCAUGCGCCAUGCAGCCCAAUGCGUGGGGCGCGCCAUCCGGGGAAAGACCGACUACGGCCUCAUGGUCUUUGCGGACAAGCGCUUCGCCCGAGCCGACAAGCGCGGCAAGCUUCCCCGCUGGAUCCAGGAGCACAUCACGGACGCCAACCUCAACUUGACGCUGGAUGAGGCCGUGCAAGUCGCCAAGUACUUCCUGCGGCAGAUGGCCCAGCCCUUCCGGAAGGAAGACCAGUUGGGCCUUUCGCUGUUGACUUUCGAGCAGCUGCAGUCGGAGGAGACGCUGCGCAAAGUGCAGGAGAUCGCACACCAAGUGUGAGGCCAACUUGGGAAGAAAAAGGCACCUAGAACCAAGGAAUCUGGGUUCUAGAUUCAAAGGGACACCAAUGAAGCUAGAACAGUGAACUGAGGAAAUCUGGGUUCUAGAUUCAAACAGCCUUCCAAUUAGAGACAGAAUCUGGAACCCAGAUUCCUCAGUUCUAGAUUCAAAGAACCCGCACCAUCUGCAGGGCGAACAAUGCUGCAUUUUCUCAAUUGGUAGCAAGCAAAAGAGUGUUGGAACAUUUCUUUCUUUUGCACUGACUCUGGACUCUUCAUUUCGGAACAUGGUUUCGGAUUUUGUAUUAAAGGGAUUUGCAAUUUUUUU